AUGAGUGAUUUACUUAAACUCGCUUUGACCCAUCCACUAGAAUUUAGAACCCUAUGUAGAUACAAAAUCUGGUAUGAACCAAAGAGAGAUAUUACUCACCCAGAAGAGCACGAUACAACUGGUUUUGAUAGGCAAUCAAUGAGAACUUGCUGGGAUUUCUUAGAUGCAACUUCAAGAUCAUUCGCACCAGUUAUUAAAGAGUUAGAUAGCGUUUUAGCCAGAGUUAUUUGCAUCUUUUACUUGGUUUUAAGAGCUUUAGAUACUAUAGAAGAUGAUAUGACUAUACCACUCUCCAUUAAGGAACCUCUCCUUAGAUCCUUCCACCAAAAGAUACGCGAACCUGGUUGGAAUUUCGCCGGUUCCGGCCCGGAAGAGAAAGACAGAAAUUUAUUAGUCAAAUUCCACUCAGUCAUUGAUGAGUUCAUGCUACUCGAUAAUGACUGCAAAUCCGUUAUCUCUGAUAUCACUAUGAAAAUGGGUAACGGCAUGGCUGAUUAUUGCGCUGCCGCUGAAAACCCACAACACCCUGGUGUUGAGACUAUUCAAGAUUUCGACCUUUACUGUCACUUCGUUGCUGGUUUAGUCGGUGAAGGUUUAUCUGGCUUAUUUGCUGCAACUAAAUUAGAAAAACCUUUCAUCGCUGAUCAACUCGAGCUAUCCAAUAGCAUGGGCUUGUUCUUACAAAAAACAAACAUUCUCAGAGACUACCGCGAAGAUGUUGAUCUCGGUAGAGAAUUCUGGCCAAUGUCUUUGGUUAAGCAACAUGGUUUCAACUCCCGCGCUGAAUUAAAAGAACCUGCAAAUCAACAAAGAGCUCUCUGGGUCAUCUCUUCAAUGGUUCUUGACGCCCUAAGACACGCUCCAGACGUACUUGAUUACCUCACUCUCAUCAAGAACCAAUCCAUCUUCAACUUUGCUGCUAUACCUCAAGUACACGCAAUUGCAACCCUCGAAACUUGCUUCAUGAACCCUGAUCUUUUACAUAAAAACGUUAAAAUACGCAAGGCUGCUGCUGUUGAAAUUCUUAUGACCGUUCGUAACCCAAGAGAUGUUGCUGAACAAUUCGUUGCUUUCUCAAGAAAAAUGCACGCUAAAUUAUCCCCAGCUGAUCCAAACUUUAUUAAACUCUCCAUAGCCAUGUCUAGAGUUGAACAAUGGGCUGAACGUCGCUUCCCAAGUUUACUUGAUUUUGAACAAGGUCAAGUUCACUUUAAGAAAUGGGACAAGAGAUAUAUUACUUUUGCUGAAUUUGAUAAGCGCGUCACUGAUCGUGAGACUGAGGAGAAGAGGGCCCAUCUCAUUCCAGGAAGGACUUCAUUUGAUGAUGAUCCUAACGAAAAGAUACCAUGGAGGUUCGUUUUUCUCAUUAUGGGCUGCUGUCUCACCCUUUUCCUCGUUGUCGCCGUAUUUGUUUGGUUCUUUGUUCUCUGGCUCUCAAACAUCGGAAAACGCUUCGAAUAA